AAUUAAAAUUUUCUAAAGAAAAUUUUGAUGAAAAUGAGUUAGAAAAUAUAAUUAAUGAAAUAUCAAUAUUAUUAAUUAAAAAUAGUAAUUUUUUUAAUAAAGAUAAAAAUAAAGAUAAUAGUGAAGAUAAAGAUAAAACUAGUUUUUGUAAUAUAGAUAAUGAAAGAGAUAAAACUAAUCUUAAAA